AAUCGGCUCAUGUUCAGUUAAGUACGUUAGGGACUUUCCAAGCUAGUCUCUGCUAACUUCCUCUUCGGCAGUGGCUGAGAUCGAAUAAAAAAAAAACCUCAGUCAGACUGUGCACAGACUCCUGGCUUCUGCACCAGAGUGAACAGUCUUGAGUGCAGAGUGCUGCAAACCAGUGGAAUUUGUGUGGACAAAGGCUCCAGAAUGUCAGUCGACGAACAGCAGAACUCUUUGCUGAAUAACUCACAGCAGGAUUUGAUCAGUAAUUCCAAUGUGGAAGCCAGGACCACCGUUACGGGGCAGAGCAGCAGGAAAUGCUCUCGAAGCCUCCUUUGGGGUGGAGUGACUGUGUUGGCGGCCAUGCUCAUUGCUGGGCAAGUUGUCAGCGUCAUGUUCUUGCUGAAGCAACAGGACAAGAUAACGGACCUGCAGAAGACAACCGAUCGAAUCGAAAACAAGUACUCAUCAAGCCGGAGCCCAGUCAGGCCUAGACCAAUAAUGCAUUUCCGACCCAUGAUGAUGGAUAUGCCCAUUGCCUACAUUGACCCAAAUAUGGAAAAACCAAAGGUUCCAAAAUCCACUCCCUCCAAACCCAUGACUUUGCUGGAAAAAGUGCAGGAACUGCUGGAGAAAGAGAACACAACCAAGAACAUUCCAGAAUUUAACAGCACCUUCCCGACCAACCUCAAGCUGCUGAGAGACAGCAUGACGGAAUCCGAUUGGCAGGACUUUAACACUUGGCUCAAGAACUGGCUUCUCUUUCAACUCAUACAGGAGAAGAAGGAGGCAGCCCCAACACCCAGUGCACCCCAACCCCAACCUGAGCCCCAACCCCAACCCAUUGGGAGAAGGAUUUACUCAAGCAUAGCCAUGAAGCCAAUGAUGGUCGACCUGCCAAAGGCAUCUGAUACUAAGGAGACCAAUUCUCCCGAUGCUGUGCCUGAAUCAAAAGUGCUCAAAGUCGAAACUGACUGUGAGAGGCACCGCAAGGAAAGCAAGAUUGUUCCUGGAGCCUACCGCCCCAGCUGUGAUGAGAAGGGCAACUAUGAGGUGAAGCAAUGUUGGCCAAGCACAGGAUAUUGUUGGUGCACUUACCCGAAUGGAACUAAGGUUGAAGGAACAGACACUCGCCACCAAUUAAACUGCAAACCACAUUAAGAAUGAGGAUGGACUCAUGAUGGAGAGACAAGCACAAUCUGACUAGCUUCGCUCCAUAACUAAGUCAUACAUUAAUUGCAACUACUGAUUUUUAUUAACCUUGGGUAUGAUCGCUAACUGUUGAGAGCUGACUCCUUAUCUGGCUAUUGUACUUCCCACUCUUGUUAAAGAUUUGUCCACACUGAUUACUUUUUUAAACAGAGAAACAAGUUGCCCUCAUCUCUGACAUUUUUCAUGUCGUUCCCCCAAAAAAGGAAAUUCCAUGGGGAUAUUCUGUUCCCAUUCCCCGGGGGUGGGGUGGGGGGGAGUGGCAGAAUUGUACAGCAUUCCCUUCCAAGGCUUGUUCUGAUCUCUCACCAGAGUUACAACAGGAGACCGGGAGAGCAACAUCUCCUGAAUUUCAGGGCCUUCUUAAAAAAAAUAAUUAGCAUUUUUAAAUGGUUUCAUUGAGACAUGAGGACACUUGAAUAGUAAAAUGCCAAACAGAUACAAUUCAGUCAUGGAAAUCCCAAAGGAAUAUAGACUGGUACAAGGGAACAUAAAUAACUGGACACUGAAACACUGGGAUUAAUACUAGAGUUCUGGUAAUCCACAGCACCUGAAAGGGAACCAAAAUGGGGCAUCGAUUGAAGAGUGGGCCCCUUCUUUGGGGCCUAUUCCGAUGAUGGCUCCCAACUGUCAUAUAAACCUCCCUUUUAGAUACUGACCUGCCCAUUAAUCACACGCCCCACCUUGAUUUGAAUCUAAAACCUCAGUUCCUUCAUUUGUACUGGGACAUGACCCAAAAACUCCCACCUCCCAUCCCCCACCUCCCUUGCUACCCCCCCACCCACCCCCCACUUCCCCACCCCACCCCCACCAACCCAGCCAACUGCAGAGUGGAAGGAGUAUUGCCCCAAGGGUUGCAAUGGUUUCAGGAGAAUGCUCAUCACCACCUUCUCAAGGGGCAACUAGGGAUGAUCACUAUAUGCUGGCCUUGCCAUCAUUGGCCACAUCCAGAUUCAUCAGUGGAUAAUUUAGGUUAAAAGUUGUUCCUUUGCAAUUUGUUUUUUUGAAGUGAAGUGAUUUUGACCGCAUCCCAAUAUUUUGUGGUUCAAGGUUUGAGCCAGUUAUAGUGGUACCAGUUUAUAUUCCCAAGGCAUACUUUACCACACCUUACAGGAGCAUCAUAUUAUGCCUGGUUAUUGAUCACUUGGUUUGAAGCUAGUAUUGCCUUAUGAAAAAAUAAUAUUUCUUCCUGAGCUUUUUAUUUGUUACUCAAUGGUGAUUGCUAACUGUAGAUGGGGAAAAUUAUUUGCAAUAAAGGGAGGGAAUUUUAUUCUUGUGUUUUAUUUCGUCAAUAGAAGUGCCUAUAUCUGGCUGACAGAAAUAUUAAGCCUCAGCCCAGUUCAUGGGACCUAGCAACAAGGCCUCAAUCCAAUAACAAGCCCUCACAUUAUGAGCAGUGAAUAGGAAAGGUUUAUUGCAGGGUUGCCACAUCUCCAGCACUGUCCUGGAGCCUCCAAAAAUUAAAGAUUAAUUGCCAGGACACAUCUGGAUGAGAAAAAUUAUAGUCACAUUUCAAAAUAAUUCUGUGUGUCAUUAUUUUUCAUUUAUUGGUUGAAGUGGAGAAGGGAUAAUGAGCCUGUUUGACUGGCACUCGAGCAUCUUCCAACCCGGUAGCUAUGAUCCUGGUUUUCUAAUGGUCGGGGGUGGGGGUGGGGGAGAUAGACAUGUUGGGCAACCGAUGUUCGGAGUGUGUGGGUGGGGCAGAUGGAGGAGGGGGGGUCAUGUGAUGAACCCACCAGGGAUAUGUUUGACCAGAACAAAAACAGAAUUACCUGGAAAAACUCAGCAGGUCUGGCAGCAUCGGCGGAGAAGAAAAGAGUUGACGUUUCGAGUCCUCAUGACCCUUCGACAGAACUUUUUUUUCUUCUCCGCCGAUGCUGCCGGACCUGCUGAGUUUUUCCAGGUAAUUCUGUUUUUGUUUUGGAUUUCCAGCAUCCGCAGUUUUUUUGUUUUUAUCUAUAUGUUUGACCAGAGUUGGCAACUAAAGUCUAGUGUCUAUUUGUCUUUUUUCUGGUUCUUUUGCAUACACAAGGUCAAGGAAACUACCCUUGUUUAGUGAAGAAAGAUGGCCUCUUAUAGACCAUGAAAAUAAAGACUUGACAAAACCUUCUCGAUUUUUCUAUUCUCCAAUGAAUCACGUGUGUGCUGUAAAAAGAACAGAAAUAGUGAAAAUCAGACUCUCAGGAAACCAUUGGUAUAAAGGGCUAGUUUCACCUUGUGUCUACCACAUGCUAAUCCUUAACCGCUCAGGAAAUCAGUCAUGAGGUAGAAAUAUCAUGCUUUGCCAGUUUUUUAUGACAGCUCAGCAGAAGAGAAAAAAAAUAUAAAAUGCGUAAUUUCUAUUCUCAAACUCAUCCAAUCCCAUGUUACAGAAGGAGAAUGGUGAACUGAUGCACUAUAGCUAAUCAGGUUGUGGAAUGACAGUGAGAUCUCAACCUUGACUAGGUUCAGGGUCUCCCUUCAAGAAUUGUACAGCACUGAGUGAGGCCAUUCGGCUCAUUGUGCCUGGUGCUGGCUGUUUGAAGGUGCCAAAUGAUCCCACUACCUUCUGCUCUUUUACCUAUAUUCUUGCCAUUGUUUCCAUUUUCACGUUUGUAUAUCCAAUUUCCUUUUGAAAUUUCCUCUAUAAAACGGGACAGGCAAUAAGGUUGGUAGACAAGGGAAUGCGGUAACAACAGGGAUUGCUGGUGGUUCGAUGAUGCACCUUGUAUCAGGGCUCUGGCAUCUUUCAAUAAUAGUCUGAAAAAUGUAAAGGGUGCAGUUCAGAUGUUUAAGAAGAACUUGCCAAACGCAAUAGAUUUAUAAUAGAAAAGGGAAGUUGAUUUUGCAAGUCUUUGCAAAGAGAUUCAAAGCCUUUCAUGCAGAAAUUCUGAGCCGUCUGCUUGGGGCUCUGAGUGGUUUUCUUGCUGAGGCUGUUCCAUCUAUGAUUGGCGCAUUAGAAUGAACUUGAGAGAACCUUGAGGAGAAAUCUGUGACUAUUUACAGAGAGUGCACAGCACAGAAACAAGCCAUUCUGCCCAACAGUGGGGAUGAUUGGUUGAAGAUCAGGAAUGUGCUGCCUGAGACAGGUUCAAUCGAGGCAUUCAGGGAGGAAUUGGAUUAUUAUCUGAAAAGGAAGGAUGCGCAGGGUUAUGGGGAGAAGAUGGGCUAUUGGCACUCGGAGAGCUGGUGCAGACAUGAUGGGCCAAAUGGCCUCCUUCUGCGCUGUAACGAUUCUGUAAUUCUAUGAACAGGUCCGUGCUAGUGUUCCUGCUCCAUAAGAGCCUCCUCCCACUUUACUUCAUCUCACCCUAUCAACAUACCCUUCUAUUCCCUUCUCCCUCACGCAGUGAGGUAGAAGCUGAAUCUCCUAAACCUGGAGCCAGCAGGCAUGAAAGGUGAGGGAAUUUGGAAUCCCUGCAGAACCAGAACACCAAGAAGUAGAAGGCGAAAAAACGUUCACUGGCCUCAACCACCUGGGGCUUGGUAAGCGGGGAAGCUAUCUCACCUUGUGUUCUUGCUGGAAUCCUGCUGUGCGGUAUUAGCAAUGACACAUUAAUGGCUAAGAUGAAAACCCUUAAUCCUCCAUUUGAAUAAAAUUUGUACAUCUUUAAUAAGGCCCUGGACAAACAAAUUCCCUGCGGACAGAUUAAUAUCCUUGACCAUCAACUUUAACUCAGUCAAGGGUGGAAACUCUUCUCUGUUCAUUCCCCUUGAUUCUCUCACAUGCCAAAUCUAAACCAAUCAAAUCCCCCCCGCUGGUGUUUGCCAGUGACAGCAGUGUUACUCUGUUAAAUAACCUGAUAAGGCGACAGGCUCCUCCUGGAGACCCUACCUUGUUGGUUUUUCAAUCGAAACGGCGGGAGGUUAAGCCCUGAGCUGGGUAGUGGCUGCACUUGACAUCAGGUGACCCAAUUGGCCACUUUGCCACCUUUUGCAGGUCAAAUCGUGACUCCCAUUGACAUCUUGGCCUCAAUGGUAGGACGUCCCCAUUGAACUGGGCGGGUUGGCAGGUUCCCAAACUCUUCUGUCAGCCUGAGAUGGGCCUCGAGAAUCAUUGCUGCUUUUAAACAAUAUAUAUCAUUGCAUAUUUUUUUGCUUGGGUUUGAGUAAGAGCGCGUGGAAAAGGUUUCUCCAGUGUUAUCACGUAUCGGGCCACUUGAUAAUUUUUUGCUGAUUUGCAAUCGACAUUAAAAAGACGUAGCUACUAUUUUAAUAUCUUUGGCAGUGACGAGUUUAUAACCAGAACUUUUCUUAAAAGCAGGAGGCUUAUCCUGGAUUAUUAAUUCAUUUUAGUUUGGAUUGGCACUUUUUUGCAACAGAUUUAACCAAUCAUCGCUGUGCCUGAUGAAGUUUGUGUGGUUUUGCAUUUUAAAGCUGUGUUGUUUUGAGAUUUGCACAUUAUAAUUAAGAUUUGCUUCAAUAAAUGUUUUCCUGCAUGUAAUUGAGUUGAUGUUGGCAGUUAAGGUUAAGAAAUAGGGACAUUAGCCUAGAAUGCAGGUUUAUACAGAAAUGACCAUUACUGUCUCUCAACAGAGUUCUGGGCAAUGAAUUGUGUACUUGGGAAAACAGGUGCUGUCUGUAGUAAAAUGGUGACUCCGGGCUCAGGGGAUUGGUGGGUUUCAAGAAAGGCUCUGAAAUCCAUUUGAGAUAUGAGGAAUGGCUUCUGAUUAAUCUGAUUUGUGAAAGAUUUGGAUUUGUUGUAAAGGAGAAACAGAAGAAUAAAGGACAGAGGAAAAUUA